AUGGUGAGUGUGCCCUCUGGCCGCCAUUCAUCUGUCUCAAACAGAGGCUCCUGCUCCUCCUUUUUCUCUGAGGGGAAGAACAGUAUGAUUACCACGGCGAUAAGAGGCAGAGUAACGUCGCAGUGUCAGAAGCUGUCUAGCAGCUCAGUGCAGCGGGCCCCCAGCGGAGCCCCAGGGGCCACAGAAGAAUGUGGCGUGGAGAAAGUGAUGGGUGAUGAUGCACCUAACACCGCGCACACCAAGAGCAGGACGGUGAGCGCCAUGGAUGUGGUAAAUACUCUGAAGAGGCCGGGCCGCGCCCUGUACAGCUUCAGCUAA